AUGAGAUCCCAAAGAGUUAUUGUGUGCUGUGCAGCCCUGGCAUUCUUGGCAUUUGCCUACCUACCACCAGGUGGAGCUGUUACCUGCGAGGAAGAUCCCACUGACGUUGACUGCGUCGACUGCGAAGCCUUACCCGAGGAUCCCGAGUGCGUGGCGCCAACGGAGGCACCAACAGAGGCACCAACCGAAGCCCCCAACGGAGAGACGACCGUAGCCGAAGAAGAAACUACUCUUCCCACUGAUGGCACUGAAACUACAACCCCGCCAUCCCAAGGCUCCAAGGGGGGUAAGACGAAAAAGAUAAUCAAGUUCAAGAUUGUGAGAAAACCUGGCAAGAAGGUCAUCAAAAGGCGUCGCAAUGGCAAACAAUUCUCAAAAUUCGGCAAAUGGUAA